AUGGCUUGGGGACUUCCUACAUGGUUAGGAGGUAGUUCGACUCCGGCGCAGCCAGAACCAGUUCGGCCAAAGUCCAAGGAUGGUGGCUUCGUCGCUCCGGACCGGAAUGCCCGAGAAUUAUGCUACGAAUCCAGAGACGUAUUCUUCGAUUGUCUGGACAGGAAUAACAUCUUGGAUGCCAUCAAAGAGGACGAGAAGGCGAGAAAGGUGUGUCCGAGGGAAGUCGCACAGUAUGAGAAAGAUUGUGCUAGGAGUUGGAUCAAAUAUUUCAAAGAGAAGAGGGUGAUGGAAUAUAACCGAGAUCAGACGAUAGCCCAGAUCCAGAAAGACGACGCGAAGGCUGCUGCGAAGGCCAAAGGCCGGCAGUCAGGUUCUUGGUUGGGAUGA